AAGAGCGAGGUCAAUAUUACGAUACCCUGUGUAUAGCAGCUAUAGCUGUCUCAGUGCUGACCACUGUCGGAUAUUACGGUGGUAUAAGACGAUUAUUUUGGAAUAUACUACUUCCGUGUGAUAUUGUGUAUUAAGGUUCUGUGUUGGGUGGGAUAUAGCGGCCACCGAACUCAGUCAAUGUAGCCGAGGUGGAUUGGAUUACUUACUCGCGAGUUACACUGGAUCGAGGGGUCAUCUACAGUGCGAGAGGAUGUUGAUAUGACGGCGGAGACCGCCGGACAGUAGCCCCUGGGAUGUCGGACCCCCUGUCCCCCAAGUCUCCCCGCAAGGGGAAGUUCGUCAGUCUCAGAGUCCAGUUCCUGGACGAUACAGUUCAUGCCUUUCAAAUUCCGGUGAAGUCCCUUGGGAUCACGCUAUGGGAGGCGGUGUGCCAGCACUUGCAGCUUCUGGAAGCCGACUACUUCGACUUGGAGUACACCGACAUUGGUGGACUCAAGUGUUGGGUCGACCGCCAGAAGCCUUUGUUGAAACAGCUGCCUACCCCAGACACACCCCUUAGUUUCUGUAUAAAGUUUUACACCCCAGACCCUGGUCUACUGGAGGACGACUUCACUAGGUAUCUGUUCGCUCUCCAGAUCAAGCAGGAUCUGUUGUCGGGGGUGAUGCCAUGCAGUGACAAUACAGCAGCUCUUCUUGCUUCAUAUAUUGCUCAAGCUGAAAUCGGUGACUUUCUUGUCGACGAUUAUUUGGACCAUACUUACCUGUCUUCCAUGAAGUUUGUUCCCAACCAAACUCCAGACCUCGAGGAAAAGAUCAUGGAGUACCAUAAACAACAUAUAGGAGAGAGUCCUGCAGAGGCCGACCUGAAUCUGUUGGACACAGCACGUAAAGUGGAGCUGUAUGGCAUUAAAAUGUUCCCUGCCAAAGAUCACGAGGCUGUUACUCUCACCCUGGCUGUAGCACAUUUGGGCGUCCUGGUGUUCCAGAGUGCAACAAAGAUCAACACAUUCUCAUGGGCAAAAAUCCGCAAAUUAAGCUUUAAAAGGAAAAAGUUCUUGAUAAAACUACACCCUGAGAGCUAUGUGAGUAAGGUGAAUGGAGCGUGGGGCUACUACAAAGACACAGUGGAGUUCUUCUUUGACAGUCGGAAUGAAUGUAAAGGGUUUUGGAAGAAAUGCAUCGAACAUCAUGGCUUCUUCCGAUGUCAAUCUGUUCGGAAAGUGCCAAGAAACAAAACUAGAGUGGUCAGUCGAGGCUCAUCAUUCAGGUACAGUGGACGAACUCAGAAACAGCUGAUGGAGUUUGUACGUGGCAACAUCGAUAAACGGCAGCAGUUUGAAAGGUCGGCAAGUGGUCGUAUCUCAAGCCGGAGCACCAGCGUGACACCAAAGAUUACCCUGAAGGCUAACACCCACAAUUCCUCGGACCUCCACAACAGCACAGCUUCCAGCGGCUCCCACACUCUCGACAUCACGCAGGACAACCACGUCAGCCCUAUGAGUCGUGUUGAGACAGCUGAGGUCCACAGCGACAGUUCCAUGUCUGGGAGCCGCUCUCUGGGCUCCCCGAAACUGGAACACAUCCCCGUCGCCGGGAGGCGACGGCAGCAGCAGCAGCAGCAGCAGCAAGAUUCGUAUCACCUCGAGGGGGAGGAGAGGGUGGGGAAGGGGAGAGAACCAGGGGGUAAAUCUGUAACGUUUUCUCCCGAAGAUAGUCCCAAGCUGAAGAGUGUUAAUGACACAAAUGUAAUAAACAAUGUAUCUGCUUCAGAGAAAUCUACUAACCAUAUAGACAGACUUCCUGAGAGUCAGGCAGCUGAUAGGCCAGAUUUAGCUAAACUAAAUUCUACUAACCUGUAUCCUAAGGUGAAUGGGGAGAUCCCACCAAGUGCAUGUAUAACUGCUAGUGUGUAUGGUAGAGAGGUAGAAUCCCCUCAGGGGGAAGGGAGGAAGGAUGUUAUUGGUGAAAAUAUUGCAAGUGCAUCACUGAAACCGGAUGUGGACAGUUUCACUGACAAGAGGAAGUAUUCCGCUGAUACCGAUCUCAUUGUGGAUAUUCCAUAUACCCUGCAUCGACGGUUAAAGGGGGAGACAGAGAACAAGGAGGAGACCGCAUUCUACAAAGGUCCGGAAGGUGCCUCAACAAAAGAGUCACGACCAAGGGACAAAAGUCCAGGUCGGCCGCCGACCAAUUCCGAACCACUCAAGGCUGUGGAUAUUCCACUGUCACCUCCUCUCAAACACCCUAAUACUAUAGGAAAAUCCUCAUCAUUGGAAAGGUCUCCUUCAACUUUACGGAGGUUUGAGCUCGUCAGUUGUCACAAGCUUCCCUCUAGGACCAGCUAUUCCUCAGUAGAUGACACCACAAGUCCUUCAUUCGAAAAGGAGAUCCUCAAACAGCUUGAAGACAAAAUGCAAGAUGAUGAAACCGUGCCAACAAGUGAUGACCAAUGCAAAACUGACAUUGUCGGUGAAGGGGCACCUGUUCCCUUGCCAAAGGCAGUGCCCGAAACCAGUGUAGCUGAAACUGUUAAUGAUAAAACCAGUGUAGCUGAGACUGUGAAUAGCAAAAGCAGUGUAUCUGAAACCGUAAAGGUCGAAAGCAGUGUACCUGAGACUGUAAAUGGCAAAACCAGUGCAUCAGAAGCUGUAAAUGGAAAACACAGUGUUGAAAAGUGUGAGAUGACAAGUAUUGUGUCAUCUAAACCUGCCAGUGAUAAGUCAGUUUCAGAAUCAGGUGCUUAUGUGUCUGUUGAGGUGCGGAAACCGCAGACGCAGGGAGGACCGCCAGUUAAACCUGCUAAACCGCCCAGAGAGAAGCGCCCAGAAGCAGCAAUUGACCCCAAGAGAGCAUCAUCGUCGUCCACAUCAUCCGAGUCUUCAGCUAUAUCUUCCACAAAAGAACCUGCUCACAUAGCAAUAGACUCCAAGAUCUCAGUCCCAGCCAGCCAAAACCUUGACAGUAAGUCACCAUUGCCAGCUCCUCCAAGUCCUGUUCUCAAAGAUGCAUCACCCACAUCUUCUGAAGACUCUUCUAAUAUCAACACAUUCGGGGUGCCAAGGACUGCUGCUUUUGGAACAGAGGGUCCCUGCAUGACUGAAAAUCCUCAACAGUUUGUGUUAGAUGGAGAAAAGGAUCCCUGGUUUGCUGUGAAACCUGAAUCAAAAUCCACGCAUAUGAUCGCUCCAAAUCCACAGGAAGAACAGAAGGAGAACUUGAAGGUGGACAGUUCUGGGAAUCCAUUAAUCUUUGACCUUCCAUCUCCUGCAGCAGCUUUUAUAUAUAGCGAUGAGGACAGUCCGCCUUCAAAGAAGGAAGACAAUUCGGCAGCCUUGACCUUCUCAACGUUUAGACCGGAACCUGGAAGCGAUGGUCAGUUAGAUCCGUCAUACAUUCGUGAGAAGAAGGAACCGAUUGACUCAAUGAAGCGGAGGUCAUUGAACCGGGUUGAGGAGGAGGAGGAAGAGAUGACGAGUGAAGCGAUCACUGCCGUAACACCAGAACCGAAACCAGAACCAAAGCGUGUCAGUUUCCAUGAAGAUGUUGACAUUGGUCAGAGUUUCCAUAGUGAUGUGAGCAUGAUGGUCAUGAGGAGCCCCGUGGAUGAUCGUGAUGACUCAAGUUUUGGAGGAAGUUGUGGGGAGGGAAUGGACUCUGGGGAUAUUUUGGAUACACUAGAGAACAUGUGUGGCCACGGCUCGGAGAGCGACAUGACAUACAGCGGAAGCUCUGGAAGUGAGAGUGACACCGAGUCCGAUAUGGAUGACACCAUGGCAAAGGAAAUCUAUGCGCAGUAUGCAGCUACCAAGUGCCUCGCGGAGUCAGGCAAGGAUAUGACAAUAGACUCGGGGGUCGGUGAACUAAGUGAAGGGACGACACAUACCAGAGAAGUCUCACCUCUAGAAUCACUUGAGCGUCUCGAUGCCAUGGAUGGUAGUUUUAUUGGGGAUAAGGAUGAUGACUUUAAGUUUCCUCCACCUCCCCCGGAGCUUCAGGAACCGAGUGAUAAUUCAUCAUCGUCUGCCGAAAUUGAAAUGCAUCCGCAUCAUCAAAAACGGUUUAGCAUCGACCCGCUAGCCAAUCUUGAACAUCCUGACAUCGCAGACAUUGAAUACACGACAAGCGAGAGUGAGAGUGAUUUUGAGGACAAACCUCCUGUGAAGAAGCCACCCCCUCCCCCUGUCGCUGCCAAGCCGAAGCCCGAGUUCAUUAAGGAAAAGUUCGGAAACGAGAUUGAUUCUCCAAGAUUCUAUCACCCAUCCAACUCUCCAUCAGGGUUCAAGGUCAUGGACCGAAAGUUUUCAGCCCCAGUUCUUGGGUCGAGGGACAUUGUCCAGAGUAUAGAAGAUGAACACCGCCUGUCCCGAUGCCCUGAAGUGGAGAACAUUCCAGAGGUCGUGCAGGAGGACGACCUUAAUCUCAGUCCUCCCAACAGAUUGAGUCUAAUGCGAGGCACAAAUGCCACUACCAGUUCUCCAACAACUGAGAGAAAUGAAACCCUCCCUUCACCAUCAUCCCCAUCUCCUCCACCUCCUCCCCCGCCUCCCAUCCUGGAUGAGAGUGACUACCCCCUCACACCUCCGUCCAAGAACAAGAAGUCCUACAUGCAUGCGGCAUCAACAGUGAGCAGCUCCAGCUCCGGCAUCCCCAGCAACAUCUCUACGCUGUCCACAACCAAGUCCGAGGACCAGGAAGACAUCGACACAAAGAAGAAGGUCAAGCGCCACCCAGUGGACAGUUCCUACUACAUCGCCAAGGAGCUGCUCAUGACGGAGCGGACGUACAAGAAGGAUCUGGAGCUCAUCUGUGUGUGGUUCCGCAACGCUCUCAGUGGCGACACGAUGAUCCUCAACUCCAUGGUGGAGCUUGUAUUCUCCUACCUCGACCCCAUCUACGAUUUCCAUUGCAGCUUCCUCAAGGAUGUGGACCAGAGACUCUCCAUGUGGGAGGGAAAGUCCAACGCUCACCAGAACGGGGACUACCAGAGAAUCGGAGACAUUGUCCUAAAUGCUCUAGUCGUGGCGGAAGAGCUGUAUUGCAACUAUCUGGAUCGACAGGAGGAGAUUCUGUCGGAGGUGGAGACCAAGAUGAGGAGAAACAGGAAGUUUGAGGAGUUGUACAAGGACUUUGAAGCCCAGAAAGUGUGUUACCUCCCCUUGAAUACAUUCUUCCUGAAACCUGGUCAGAGGUUGUUACACUUCAAGCUGAUAUUAGAGAAGCUAGUGAAGCACUAUUCACUGAACCAUGCCGAUUUAGAUGACUGUACAGAAGCUUUAGCCAAAGUCACGGAAGUAACAACAUCAUACAAGGACAAGUUGAAGCGAGUGGAAAACCUUCAGAAGAUGAUAGAACUACAGCGUGACCUUGUUGGAAUAGAGAACGUAGUCAAUGCCGACAGGGACUUCAUCCGUGAGGGUUGCCUUCAGAAGUUUUCUCGGAAGGGUUACCAACAGAGGAUGUUUUUCUUGUUCUCCGAUAUGCUAGUCUACACCAGUCGGACAGCGACAUCGCUGCUGCAGUUCAAGGUCCAUGGGCAGCUGCCGUUGAGGGGGAUGAUUGUGGAGGAGACAGACCAGGGCAAGGUUGCUGUACAGAACUGUUUUGCCAUCUACGCCGGCAACAAAUACAUCCUUGUGGCAGCCAGUUGUCAAGAAGAGAAGGACAAGUGGAUUGAGGACCUGAACGAAGCCAUUUUACAGUUCAAAUCCAGGACGGACGACAAGUUGCAGUACGCCAGUCUCAAGUCCAGUGCAAGUUCUACAGAGAACAUGGAUGGCACAGAAAACCACACAGAUGGAGAAAACGCCACGUCGCCAUCAUCCCCCGAGAAAACCAUCCAGCAUCGAGCCAACACCACUAUGCACGUCUGCUGGCAUCGUAACACCAGCGUGAGCCAGCGGGACCAUCAGAAGGCAGUCAAAAACCAGCUCAGCGGCUAUCUACUGCGAAAGUUCAAGAACAGCAAUGGAUGGCAGAAGCUGUGGGUCGUCUUCACAAACUUUUGUCUCUUCUUCUACAAGACGUACCAGGAUGACUUUCCGCUGGCGAGUCUUCCGUUGCUAGGAUACGCAGUGAACACACCCGAAGAAGAGGAUGGGAUUCAUAAAGACCAUGUGUUUAAGUUGCAGUUCAAAAACCAUGUCUACUUCUUCCGCGCCGAGAGCGAGUAUACGUUUGCAAGAUGGAUGGAAGUGAUCAACAGCGCAACCAACAGCUCGCGUCGAGUCCGUCUCUUCAGUCGCCUUGACUCGAAGAUGGAGGUGGACACGCCUUGAACAUAGUGCCAUAGAGUUAUCUCCCUUAUACAGGCUGUUCUGUUGAUGUUUCAGAGAAUUAAUUUGUGUAGCCAAUCUGUUGAUUGUACCAUAUUGUAUAUAACCCUUGGAAAGCUGUACCUGAAGGGGCGCUGACAAUUUGAUUACAUGUUCGCAUCUGGAAAUGUUACGAUAUGAACAAAUGUAUGUGGAAGUAUUGAGGAGAGUGGGUUUUUAGGUCUAAUGACUCCAUGCAGAUAUUGACAGAUUUAAUGGCAGAAAACAGUUUGUAAGCAGUUAUUAUGUGGAACAUUUGAGUUAAAAUGUGAAAAUGAUUUUGAGUACUGACACAAUGGGCUGUCUUUCAAGACUGAAAAGUGCUUUCUACUGUGUGACUGUGUGAAGCCCUUUACUAUUUUUAGCAUUUAUACCAGUCUGACAACAACGAAAAUUCUGCAGCUGGAAAACUUUAGAAAUCUCAUGUCCAUCUUAAUCAAGUGAGACAAUAUCAUUGUUUUACAAAGUAAUGUCCGGAUACUAACAGUCUUUUAAUGAUACCAGUCCCCCUAAAAAUCAUAUGUCAAGCAAUACAUUCAUUUCACGAAUGAAUUGUAGCAGAUUUAGAUUUAGAGAGUCAUGUUUUUAAGUCGGUGCUGAUUAAUAUGUCUUGGAAACAUUGUGAUACAACAAACUGUCAAACUGAAUUUAAAGAUUUUACAUUCUCUAAACAGAGACCAUGUUUCACGUAGAAACAAAACAAAGGUUUCAUCAAGCGAAAAAUAUUUUAAACUCCACUCUUCUUGUCAGCUAAUUUGCACAUACUACUCAAUCUUUAAUAGGGAUUAUCGUUCAGUCUAUUAAAAUUACACUUGACAUUUGAGAAUCAGUUUUGUGUAACGUGGAAAGAUUAAAUAUCCCUAUCAAUGGUUGAUAAUCAUAUGAUGUUGAUCAGUGUCAUAAUAAACUGAUACCUCAAAGACAACAGCUCACAACAAGGGGCGUGUUCCACGAAACAAUCCCGGCGUGACAGCUGUCACAUGUCUGUCAUCGAAUGAGACCUAUGACAGUCAUAGCUUAGAUCUCUGGAAUGGAACUGUCCCUUGAUGUGAGCUGCAGACAGUGGAACCUACCAUAUUUCUUCAAAUAAACAUUGAUUAAACACUCUUUUGCAUGGAAUCCUCCAUAUUAUCAGCUCUGCUUUUAAAACCCAGUGGUAAAGAUUGUCUUGAAGAAAUUUAUGGCUGUGUGAUUAAUUGAGGAAAUAUGGUGGUUUAUUUUGAAAUAGAAGAAGGAGGUAGCUAAAAAAGUUAAGUUAUUUCAAUGAAUCUAGUAUGCAGGAGACAAUUGGGUAAGAAUGUUGGACAAUUCCCAAUACUGCUUAGGUCACCUCUUCAAGACAUUCAUAUUAUAAAACCUGGAUUUCUUUUAAUUAUUUGUUAAAGUCUGUAUAUAUUCACAGAAAAAUUUGUUCGUUUAAUUAUAACAAUAUUUAAAAUUUUAAUCAUAUAAAAGCAACAAAAAGAUUCCAUAAUCAAAUUUUCUACCACAAGCAGAGUCCAUUUGUGACCAUAUCAUUACCACCGGUUGACCAAACUAUUCAUGAAACAUGCAUUUAAUAAAUAGUUUCCAAGAUUAAUCUUAAUCUGUAUUGCUUCAGCAUUUAACAAAUUACAUGUAACAUUUGUACAAAUAAAUCAAUUGUAGAGGUAGUUCUAAAACAGCUGUUGUCAGCAAUAUGUAGGGACAGGUUGUUUACAUAAGUUGAAAUAAUAAUUUGUGACUAUUUAUUCAGUAGUUUAGUUUGUAAUUAUUUCAGUAGGAGCUUUAAUAAAAACAGCUGAAACCUUGAAACAAGUAAUUAAGUGCUUCCAAAUAUUGCAGUGUGAUAGCUUUAACCAUUUAUUUGUUAAUUCCAAAAAUUCAUCAAAGUCAUAAUUUUCCAUAUAGGUGCAAUAAACAAAAUGAUGUUAGUCCGUAUAUGCCAAACUAACCUGAGAGGGAUCAAAACAUUUUCAAAAUUGACUUGUCAAUAUUAUUAGUAUGAGUUGUGUACAGAUGGUCAUAGAGUUGUUAAUUUAUUUCUCCCUUUUUUUUUCAAAUUAAAUCAAAAUAUUUAUUUUUCACUUUAUUACUUCACCUGUUGUUAGUUUCCUAAUAAGGCAGUGAGAGUUAUCAUUGUCAUAAUGGUAAAGGGCCACUUCAGUGACAGAUGUCAGAGUUAUCUCCUUUGUUUCUUGUAUAAGAGUGAUUUCCCUUGUGUAUGAGAGUGAUCUCCCUUGUGUAUAAGAGUGAUCUCCCUUGUUGUGUAUGAUGGUCAAGAUAACCAAAACUUCCUUCUUUCCAAUACUGCACAGAACCAAGAAUUUGAUUCAGAUCAUAUUAUUUUAUAUGAACUGUGGACUUCCCUGUCAAAUUUAUGUAGAACUUUCAGUUUGUGUAUCAAAUGUUUUUUUACCACAAGUUGGUAUUCUGUCAGUUGCUUCAAAUAUUUCUUUGACAGUCAGAUAUAUAAGCAGUUAUACAUGUAUAUUAAGCUGUUGUAAAUGUUUUCCUUAUUUUUUUCUAUUAAAGAAUUACAUUAAUUAAUAUAAGUACAAUGUUACCAUGGUUAUUGCACUUAGGGGCUGUGUCAUAAACUUUAAUGCCAUUUUCAGCGGAAGUAUCUAUCUAAUGGCUGGGUCCACCUUUCUAUGUGGGUGUGUUUGUUUAUCUCUGCUUGUCUAGACAUCUGUUUAUAAUGUUAGUCAUAAAUCAUAUUAACGUCAAAUCAAGUACCUUAUACAAUGUAAUUAUAAUUGUUCUAUAAAAUUAACCUAAAUGACAGUGAAGUUUGUUGAAGGUUGGUUUUUUUCAUGAAUACUGUCAUGAAAAUUCAAUGAAUAUGUUUGGAAAUUGAAACCACAUCCUCUAUUGACACAGCUCCGAUGAUAAUAUAUUUGUAACCAACACCUAUCGAUUUUUCAAAGUUGUUUGCUUGUUUGGUGAACUUUUUACAGAGGAAGGGGAAAAGUGCGGUAUGAUUUAAGUGGAAGUAGCAUAGAGUAUUGAACAGUAGGAGAGUUGUCUCCUGUAGGUAGAUGCUAACAUAUCGUAUACCAUGUACUGCACAAAUAUCGCAUUCUCUGGUUGUGUUGACCUUUUUCACUGAUGGCUCCGACCUGAUUCACCCCUCAUCCUGCGAUAGACUGUUCCAAAUUUGGAACGUACUAUUUUUGUUACAAGGGUGGACAGGUGAUACAUCUUACUGGUGCUUUUUGCUUUUAACAAUUAUGUAUCUCUUUUGCUUUUUAUUUGAUUCUGAUUUUAGGAAAUGUAGCAUUUGUGUGCUUUCAUAUUGUGUAUUUACGGAGAGACAUGAUGCCGUAUGCGUGGACAUUGCACAGUGUACGUUUAGUUUGGUGCAAGAUUAAUGCAAUUAUGAUUUUACGAGAAAUAAUACAAGAACUCGGUUGGGGUGUGUUUUUGUAUUUGUCAUCAAUCAAUGGUUGAAGGUGUAGUCAGCAGAACAAGCUGAAACUUGAACAUACAUUGUAUGGUUACAUGAAAAUAUCUGUCAUGAAAUUAUUGAAAUCUGAUGAUCGUGUUGAAUAAGGAGGCGAAUAUCAUACACUACUCACCAGAAGUUAAGAACAUCCACAUUGUUAAUAUGGCUAUAGUUAUUGGAUACAGCCUUAUAGUUGUACCUGCUCCUUAACUUAUAUUGAGUAGUGGAUGUUCAUCCACGUUUGUAAAUGACGUUUGUUGUAUUUUGUCAAGAAAAUCCUGACUUUUCCAUUGUUUACUUUCAUAUGUUGAUAGAAAGGUUAUCCAUUUGAUAAUUAAUACAAAGUUUGCAUAAUCAUGUAGAAUUUAGUUAAAAUGGACUACAACAUGUGCUAUUAAAUUGAUCGAAACCAAAUGGAAUCGAGACACUAUGGAGAUACCGUGUUUAUUCUAGUUACCAUGGCAAUGAGAAUGGAAUCGUGUGUAUACCUCAGUGCCAUAACUUCAUGUAGUUUUCAUAUCUUAGUAUAUGUAUCAUGAUAAUCGCCACCAGCCCCCAUCCAAGAAAACAUUAGCCUCAAAGACCCAUCCAAUAAAACAUCAGCCUCAAAGCCUCAUCCAAUAAAACAUUAGCCUCAGAGCCCAAUCCAAUAAAACAUCAACCUCAAAGCCCAGUCAGAUAGCUUCAGUGUUUUAUUUCGCUGCUCAUCUCCCAACAUUUAAUACUUUGUAUUGGGUACAUGUUUAUUUCAGUUAUUAGCUCAUCGCACAGAUACUUUGCUGUAAUGAUUUGCUCAGAGGCUAUAUUUUGUUACUAUGACAACUCCAUCCUAGUGCUACAUAUUCACCAGAACAUAGAAACAGAAAUCUGUUCUAACAAACCCUAUAGAACAUACCGGAUGCUAUGCUUUGUAUUCCCCACGUGGGAUUUAUAACAAUUAUUAAUACAAUGACUAUUUGAUCUGUUGUGUGAUAAAUGUGUGAAACAGAAAGUAAGGCGACACUCAAUUGUAAAUGUGUAAAUUUGUAUUUUCUUUUCAAAUUUGUGAAAUAUAUUUUGUAGGGUUUUUCAAAGAGAUUUCUAAAAAACACAAAUGUCUUCCAAUAGAAAUCAUCAACACUAUUCACUGUUCUUAUAUAUUUAUGUCUCUGAAAAAAAAAAAAAUGCCAAGUGUUCCCACAGUAUGUAUGGUGAAAGAAUUUAACAAACACUAAUAUUGUGUUUUAAAAUAAAAGUACAGUUGUUUUUGUCCCCUUUAGUUGUUGGCCGGCUUCUAGGAUAGCACAGGUAAAACUGUGAUCUGGAUCACUUCAAGGUGUCCUCCUUCCUGAACUGACAAGCCGUGGUAUAACAGGAACGCUGUUCACACCAAUGUUAAACACAACUCACUCAGAACACAAUGCAAACCUUAGAUUCUCCUUUUUUAGUUGUAUAGACUUGCAUUGUGUCUUCCAUACCUACUUCUGGAAAAAAGAUGCGUUCUUUUAACAUGCAUCUUUUACAGUUUCUUGUAUUUUAAUACAUAGCAUAGCACUUCUUUUCAAUUAAUUUCAUCUGCAUAUCAUUUCUUGAAUGUGCAUCACAAAAUCCCCUUUAUAUCCUACAUACCUAUUACAGAGCCCCAGUGUUAAUUUGAACGGACCGAAUUAACCUAUAAAGUGGAAAUGUGUUGAAAGAGUUUCCCAGAAAUCACAUGCAGAUGCUAUCUGCAAUAUCCAUAAAAGUCUGAGGAUUGAAGAAUUUAGCAUUUUUAAGGCUUUCUGAUUGGUCAGCCAUGUUGGGAUUGACAGGUAGGAUAUGUUAAUUGCAGGCUCUGUUUAGCGAAUUGAUUUUACCUCUUCUCACUUUGAAAUGAUCAGUCGACUUGAAAGCGUUUGGGUCAUGAUCGAUCUGAGAAAGUCAUUUCAAGAUCAGUGACAUUUUGAGUGUCGUCUUUCUUUCUGUACGUUUUUGACUUUAGGACCAACAUUAAACACUGCCACAGCCUGGUCAUGUGACUGUGUUCCCAACAACAACAGUCCCUGUAUUGGUCCGGCGAUCCAUCAUUAGCCAUGUCAUUGAUUGUAUGUCAAACAAAGUCACGUGUUCAUUGUAUCAUUCAAUGUGUUGUCAGUGGGGCUCUGGUGGCUAGAAACAACUCAGAUUGCUUUAGAUGGACUGGCACCCAUGAAGUAGUAAUUGAUACCUGACAAGGGGAGAUAACUCAUCUUUCACUUCUCUGAAAUAUUUGUAGGCAGAAAAGAGAAUAAAAAUUGUGUUUGACCCAUUUUCCGUGGACACCUUUUUGUUCUGAACGGAACUGCAGGUUUUGUAAAUCAGCAAUUCAGAAGAAAAUGAGAAAUAUAAUCAAAAUGAUAUUUCUUUUAUACAGCAGCUUAAAAAUCCCUCAGACAAUGAAAGUGACAAUUAAAUAAAUGUCAUAUUUCAAACUUAUGACGAAUUCUGGCAAAGAUCUUUUAAUCACCUACCAAUUCAAAUAAAACUUUAACAUGAUUAAAAACAUCCUCUGCAUUGGAUAUAUUUGAAUAUUAUCAAUCUAAUGACAUCACUUUUUCCAAAUCUGUAAUGUCAGGUAUCAACGUACAGGUGCCAGAGACUUUCUUUCUACCAGUCGGAGCCCUAUCUUUCAAACAAAUUAAAAGCCUUAGAAAGUUGAACCAAAGAUGAUGAAUCAGUAUUUUAUACCCCACUGUGACGUCUCUGCAAUGGCCGCCACAGAUCCAGGGUUGUGGGAGCGAUCACUAGAUGUAGCUUGUAUAUAAACAGACGGUCAUAAUAUCUGUGGAUAGGUUUGGGUUUUGAAAAUACUGAGGUUAACUUGCCAAGCAGACACUGGGAUCCUUGCUUUCACAGCUUUGGCCAGAACAGCAUCUCGAAGCAUACCGGUAGUUUGGUGUUCAGGUGAUCACCACAAAUUUCAUCAGAUGUGCAGAUGCUCUAAGUAAAGAUGUGCAUUUGAUAAACCCCAGGUUUCAGCAAAUUUUAGCUGCUGAGAGCCCAUGACUAGUGUUAAUUAGUGCUCUAAGAAGUUCAGGAGUAAAAGACGAAAUAACAUUGAUGAUCACACUGAGCUUGUUAAAUACGCUAAGCAGUUUGGGGCAGCUGUCAGCAAAGUUAAGAACCUUUAUGCAGUGUUAAGCAACUAAGCACUUACAGGAUUAAAAGAUUAAGUAUCAUUUGUGAUAAGACUGAGCUUGUGUGAUCUACAUACUCAGCAAAUCUAGGCAGUGUAAAGUUAAGAAUUAAAAGGGCUUGUGUUAUCUAUAGCCCAUCUCAGCCGAUCUCUAUGUAGCUUUUUUCUACAGGUACCACCAGAUACGAGAAAUAGUCAUGGAAUGUUUGGUUUGCCUGUAUACAUUAACUGCUUGAUCAAAGUUCUUUGGUGUUUUUAUUUUAUUGGAUCCAAAGAUUAUAAUAUGCUUGUUCAAAGUUGCCUCCCUUAGGACCUGGUGGUCAUUGGUUCAAAUCCCAGACUUGCCCAUAUUUUCCCUAGGUGGUAAACAUCUUCACCAGUGUUGCUGUGGCCGUCCCUCAUCACAUCGAAAUAAAUUAAAUAAAAUUUGAAGUAAAAUGUACCCAACUCUAUAGCCAGACAUUUUUUGCCAUUUAAGCAAGAACUUCGCGCUUAUCAUAAAAUGAAAUAAAAUGUUUUUUAAUGAUCAUAAUUUGGUUGAAUUUUUUUUACAUUUUUUUUUCUGAAGUAUCGCUGGUCUUGUAUAAUUCAAGUGAUAUUUGCUACACCACAUCCUCACAUCCGUGGGUCCGAUCUCACAGUCAUACAUACUCUAUCAUCUGUUUGCCAGUGUCAGGGAUGACGGGCUCACACUAGCAGGACAGACCAAGGGCUGAACGUGGUUUGUGACACAAACAAUUCAGCUGCCUUUCAAUAGCUGUCAUCCCUGCUAUGUACACAUGUAAAAUUACUUGUAAAAUAAUGCAAUUGUAAUAAAUGAAAUAUGACAGAA